GUCAUCUCCGAAGUUCAGACAAUAACAGAUCCAGCUCUGAGAUGGCCAGGCUGCUAGAACCUUCUCCGUCUUGUUUCCCUCGGGCAUUGCUGACUGUUGGCGGUCAGACCCACCCGGGAAGCUGAGGUCCCCAGAAGUGCCCAGGGCGUGGCCCUUCCUCAGCCCCCGUGGCCCGGUCUGGCUGCUCCAGGAAAACGUGAAUGACUGAAGAACAGAAGAAUAAUCGCUGUUCGGAACCUUAAGGUCACCCUGCCCAUUUUCUUGCCGAUUAUUGCUUGUCGUCCAAAGUCUGAAGAGUGCAGUGGGGCCCACGCAUAAGAAUGAGAUACACAGCCAUUUGCAUUGUCAAAACUGUGGGAUCCACUGCAGCCGUGCUCUGCAAACGGCCUCCGGGGAGAUGGCUACGGCGCAGCAGUCCAGAGAGAACGGGGACGGUGGCGAACAAACACUGAGCAAGAAUGAGCAGAAGAGACGCCUGAAAGCUGAAAAGAAAAUGGUGGAGAAGGCGGCCACGCAGAAGGGGCUCAGUGAGAAACCACCGAGCUGGGCCCACGCUGCCGCCGCCGCCGCCCACACCGCCAAUGACCAUGCGGGUCCCGAGGAGGAGGGCCUGGACCCGAACCAGUACUACAAGAUCCGCAGCCACGCCAUCCAGCAACUGAAGGCCGAUGGGGAAGACCCGUACCCACACAAAUUCCACGUAGACAUCUCGCUGACUCACUUCAUCCAAGAAUACAGUCACCUGCAGCCUGGGGACCACCUGAGUGACGUCACCCUAAAGGUGGCAGGUAGGAUCCAUGCCAAAAGAGCUUCUGGGGGAAAGCUCAUCUUCUAUGACCUCCGAGGAGAGGGGGUCAAGUUGCAAGUCAUGGCCAAUUCCAGGAAUUAUAAAUCAGAAGAAGAAUUUAUUCGUAUCAAUAACAAACUGCGCCGAGGAGACAUCAUUGGAGUUCUGGGGAAUCCUGGGAAAACCAAGACGGGAGAGCUGAGCAUCGUGCCCCAUGAGAUCACAUUGCUGUCUCCUUGCUUGCAUAUGCUGCCGCAUCUGCACUUCGGCCUCAAAGACAAGGAAACACGGUAUCGUCAGAGAUACUUGGACUUGAUCCUGAAUGACUCUGUGAGGCAGAAAUUUAUCACCCGCGCUAAGAUCAUCACAUAUAUAAGAAACUUCUUGGAUGAGCUGGGAUUCCUGGAGGUCGAAACUCCCAUGAUGAACAUCAUCCCAGGCGGAGCGGUGGCCAAGCCUUUUAUCACCUACCACAAUGAGCUGGACAUGAACUUGUACAUGAGGAUCGCCCCAGAACUCUACCAUAAGAUGCUGGUGGUUGGUGGCAUUGACCGGGUGUAUGAGAUUGGACGCCAGUUCCGGAAUGAAGGAAUUGACAUGACUCACAAUCCCGAGUUCACCACCUGUGAGUUCUACAUGGCCUACGCAGACUAUCACGACCUCAUGGAAAUCACGGAGAAGAUGAUCUCUGGGAUGGUGAAGAGUAUCGCAGGCAGUUACAAGGUCACCUACCAUCCAGAUGGCCCCGAGGGCCAAGCCUACGAGGUUGACUUCACCCCACCCUUCCGGAAAAUCAGCAUGCUGGAAGAGCUUGAGAAAUCGCUGGGCGUGAAGCUGCCGGAAACCACCCUCUUGGAAACUGAAGAAGCUCACAAAAUGCUUGAUGACGUUUGCGUGGCCAGAGCUAUUGACUGCCCUCCACCUCGGACCACAGCCAGGCUCCUGGAUAAGCUUGUGGGGGAGUUCCUGGAGGUGACGUGCGUCAAUCCCACCUUCAUCUGUGACCACCCGCAGAUAAUGAGCCCUCUGGCUAAGUGGCACCGCUCCAAAGAGGGUCUGACUGAGCGCUUCGAGCUUUUUGUCAUGAAGAGGGAAAUAUGCAAUGCCUACACCGAGCUGAAUGACCCCGUGAGGCAGCGGCAGCUUUUCGAAGAACAGGCCAAGGCCAAGGCCGCUGGGGAUGACGAGGCCAUGUUCAUAGACGAGAACUUCUGCACUGCCCUGGAAUACGGGCUGCCCCCCACGGCCGGCUGGGGCAUGGGCAUUGACCGCGUCACCAUGCUGCUCACAGAUUCCAGUAACAUCAAGGAGGUGCUGCUGUUUCCUGCCAUGAAACCUGAUGACAAGAAGGACAAUGGAGCAACUGCUGAGACACUGGACAGCACAAGAGUGGGCACUUCUGUCUAGAAAAGGAGCAUUGCAAGUCUCAUAACUCAGGCAUCUCUGCACUUCUGCAGAAGGUCGAGGACGUGCUUGCAUGGUGCUACGCAUCUGACUAUCGCAGUUCCGUCCCAGAGAGAGAGGAAAGGAAUUAGACACUCCUCCUUUACUCCUCGUUGCCAAGUAAACCAUUUGUCGCUUUUGAAAAAAGUAGCGUUAUAUGAUAGAGGUGAAAGGGUUUGGGGCUUAUUAAUUCAUGGCUAGGCCCUAAACAAAUGAGAAAAAUAUCUCACUGUAUCUGUGCUAUAUUUCAUAGUUUAUAGAGAAAUGCUUCCCCUAUUAUCAAAAUAAUAGAAUUAAUAAAAAUUAUCAAUACAGAUUUAGAAAAUACUAAAUGCAACGCAUGAUGCUGUUCAGUUUGAGAACUGUACUAACCCUCGCUUGAUUACUGAUUUUACAUGCACUGUGAAACAGAUAAAACGAUCAAGUUUGUGCAAAACAAUAUUUAGUUAAAGACAAGUUCUGUCUCUAACAAUGAGUUAAGAACCUCCUCCAUUCAUUUGGAACCUCUACUAUCUAGUGUAACUUAGCCUUCUUUCUUCUGUGUUUGUGUUUCUUUCUCAAUGCAACAUGAAACUAUGUUAGAGCGCCUUAAUGAGACCUGCACGCUCUUAACUCAUUUAAUUGUGCAUGGAAUGUAUCAAGCACUUAAUAUUUUUUAAAUAGAAAUAUACAAAAUAUACAGACUCUAGGUUUCUGAAAAUACAUGUACAUAUUACUCCUGCUAUUUUUUAUGACUGAACUGUUGAGCUACCAUAGCCACAUUUAUUAAAAUAAAAGUAACAUAUUUUUUAAAUUAUUCAUAUAGUUUAGCUUCAUAAAACUCACAUAACUUUCAAGGAGGAAAUGCAUGAUUUUAUAACCACAUUUAAUUAUCUCUAAUAAAGUAAUAUAAAAUGAGAAUACUUUAAUCCCUUUUAAACCUUCAGUUAUAACUUGGGUAGACAUUAUUCUAUUUAAAUAGUAAACUCUAACCCUGUUUCCUAGUUUAUAACAUGGAUGAAAACCUUUACCACCUUAAAAUAUUACCAUGGCUUGAUUUUUACUUUCUUGGCAAAAGUUACUUUCUUUGGAAAAAUAAAGUAAAGGAGGUGACAUCCCGUUUAUCACCCUUCAGUCACAUAUGGUUAAUCACUUAACCGUCACACCUUAAACUUUUUUUCAAUCCCUCACUUCUGACACUGUUCUGGUCAGAUUAUUGUUACUCGAUAAACAUUGAUUAACUCAUUAUACCAUUUAUAUUUCUGAAAAAUUACAAGUGGGAAUAAGAACAUUAAGAACAGAGAGACACAAGUACAUUUGAAUAUCUAAGCACCAAGGAAUAGAGUUUGUGCCUCUUAUUCAAACACUCUCAGGGAAGCACCUGAAAGAUUUGUGUUUAUGAGAAAGAUGAGAGAGUCAGAUAUUUGGCUUAAAUAACACAGUCCACUUCCACAGCCGUAUUUUCACAGCAAGGAGUAGAUGGUGCCAAGAUAGAGGAUGGCAGGAGCAGGAGACCCUGGUCGCAGUCUGCAAGGAGGAGGUGUAAAGGAAAGCAGAUGCCAGGGAGAACACUAAAGCAGGGGUUUGUGCCUUGCCAAUGUGACGCAGAAAAUGUUGGCAGGAGCCAAAGCCAGGGCCUUAUAUUGCUGUGAAGUCAGGCCCUUAAUGUAGCCUGAAGGGACCACAGGUAGGUGCUGAAGGUCCGUCCAGGUGUCUAGAAUCUACGGUGACAGUGGGAACAGCAGGAAGUCAUGCAGCAUGAAAAAAAGUUUAAGAGGUGAUCAGGAAACCAGGCCAAGUGCCUGGAAAUGAGGGGGAGGUCCUGAGUAUGGCAUUCAAGUGACACAUGACAGAGAGCGGGAAAAUAAGGCCCUUAGUGGUACAUCCAUUCAUAACCUUGAGAAGGGCGGUUCACGUGUGAUGGCUGAUUGUAGAGAUGGCAACCUUCCCGUGAAGCCCUUGGUCUUUAAAAACUGGGACGUCUUGAACUAUUAAAAUGAUAUGUAAAUCAUCUCCCUCUUUAGGAGGAAUGUAACUAGAGAAAAUAGCGGGAUGAAGUUGGUGGCAAGCAUAAAAUACAUUAAACAUGUAUUUAUGGUAGCAGCCUAUUUUACCACUUUUAUUGACGACCAAACUUUAUAUGAGUAGGAAAGCUGUACAAUUACAUAGCUUAUAUUAAAUAGUUAUUGAUUUUUAGUGUCUUCGGAGAACUGUUUUCAUAUUUCAAGAUAAUAAUUAAAAAGUGGUCAGAAAAAUUAAUUUCAGAAUGAGACACCAAUGGAAAAGUGAAAUUUGAUGACCUGAGAAAAUUAGAAAGAUACACAAUUGUGUAAUUAUGUUAUGUAAUAAAAGUGUCUAAUUAAAGGGUUUAAGAUCAAUAUUGAACCAAAUGUGUCCAGGAACAUAUUCCAACAUUUCCACUUAAAUACCUCAGCUAAGUUUUGACCUUAAAGUGGCAGUUACAUUAAAAAUGUAUUCAUUUUAAGAUUAUAAAGUAGCAUAUUGAUUUUUUACAAAGAGUUACAUAAUUAAUCCCAACUAAUUGCAAUUGAUGACAUCAAAUUGGCCAUUCCGAGUUCACCUACAAUUUUGAGGGUUACUUUACCACUUUAUAGUUAUAAUUUUAUAUUAUCCCAGUCUUUUUAAAUACUCUCAUGAAUGGUUUGCAUAGUAGAUAGUCAAUGUCAAAUAUUAAAGUCAUUGUGUUUCAUUCAUUUCUAAAAAUGUUAAACAUCAUUAGCAUACACCCUAGAAUAUUUAUGUCUAGGUAAUAUACACCCAAGAGAAUAAAAUCAGAGGCUCACACAAAAAUCUUGCAGCAUUAUUCAUAAUAACUAAAAAAAAAUAAGUAAAGCCAAAUGCCUGCCAACCAAUGAAUGGAUAAACCUAUUUGGUAUAUCCAUACUAUGGACUAGUGUUUAGCCAUAAAAAGUAAUGAUACCGUGAUUUAUGAUAUAACAUGGAGAACCCUUGAAAAUAUAUGGUAGGAAGUCAGACACAAAAGGCCACGCAUUAUAUGAUUCUAUUUAUAUGGAAUGUACAGAAUAGGCAAAUGUGUAGAAAGUGAAAUAUUUGCAUUUGCCAGGACUGGGGGGAAACGGAGGAAUGAUAUUUAAUGAGUAUGAGAACAAUUUGGGAGGGGCGAUGAAAAUGUUUGGCAUUGUGAUGUUUGUAUAAUUUCAAAAUACGCUAAAAUUCACUGAAUUCUACACUCUAAAGGGUAAACUUUAUGGCAUGUUGGUUGUAUCUGAAUUUUACAUUUUCAUUUUUUAGAUCAAAUUGUAUUUAGCUAACACAAGUAUUAGUCAAAAUUAUAAAUUCCAGAAGAAAACAACCUCAUUGAGGACUCAGUGCACAGUAGGACAACGAUAAGCAUGAAAACAAAAUUUUCUAGACGCGCAAGGACGUAGACCUCAAAUUAUCCACACAGGAUACAUGAGCAAACAGGAUCAGGCAGUACAAAGCCGGCCAGACGCACCAUCCCCAAAUGAAGUUUACCCAGGACUGCAAGAUGUGUGUAACGUUUGAAAGCUUAUUAGUGGAACUCAUUUCAAUGGUGAAAUACUGAACACUAUAACCUUAACUUCAUGAAAGAAAGGAUAGAACUUUACUAAUACCUAUUCAAGGUAGUAUUAACCAACCUCUUCCAUGUUAUAAAAAAUAAAUUUAGACAGUAAUUACCUUCGGGAAAGGGUGGCGAGCGUUAUAAAGUACCAUAGUGUGUAACCAUCUGACUUAAUUAAAAGAUAUUUUAAUAAAAGAAUGGUUCCUUGAG